UGUCUCCCCGGGCUCCUCGGUCCGUCAGGCGGGCCGAGUCAGGCAGCAGCUCGGCCACCUCAGCGCCGAUGCGUCCGGUCAGACCUCCAUGGAUGGAUGUAGCUUGACAGGGACGAAGCUGAGCGGUUAGCGGGAUUUUUUGACACAAACAGACCACCAGCAGUGGCAGCAGCAGGAUGAGCUCCGAUGGGGGCGGGCGUCCCGUCAAGGUGGGCUCCCUGGUGGAGGUGAUCGGGAAGGGGCAGCGCGGCACCGUGGCCUACAUCGGCACCACGCUCUUCGCCUCCGGGAAAUGGGUCGGCGUCAUCCUGGACGAGGCCAAAGGCAAGAACGACGGCACGGUGCAGGGGAAACGCUACUUCACCUGCGAGGAGAGCCACGGGAUUUUUGUCAGACAGUCACAGAUCCAGCUGGUUGAUGAUGGAGCCGACACGACGUCUCCGGAGACACCUGAGCCCGGCACCGGCAAGGUUCCCAAACGAGAGAUCCUGGAGACGCCCAAGUCCACCAAACUGCAGCCGAGCCGAGCUGCCGGCACCGGAGGGAAGGGGGCGGCGUCCGGCUCGGCCUCGGCCUCGGCUGGGGAGAUGAGCAGCAGCGAGCCCAGCACGCCGGCCCAAACCCCGCUGGCUGCCCCGGUCAUCCCCACCCUGCACUCCCCCGGAAACCCUCCGGCCCCGGUCCCCAGCAAGGAGGACGUCGCCAUGGAAACACAGGAGGAGGAGGCGCUGCGAGCUCAGGUGAAGGACCUGGAGGAGAAGCUGGAGACCCUGAAGAUGAAGCGGACGGAGGACAAAGCCAAACUGAAGGAGCUGGAGAAGCACAAGAUCCAGCUGGAGCAGCUGCAGGAGUGGAAGAACAAGAUGCAGGAGCAGCAGGCCGAGCUGCAGAAGCAACUGAAGGAGGCCAAGAGGGAGGCCAAAGAGGCUCUGGAGGCGAAGGAGCGCUACAUGGAGGAGAUGUCGGACACGGCCGACGCCAUCGAGAUGGCCACGCUGGAUAAGGAGAUGGCCGAGGAGAGGGCCGAGUCCCUGCAGCUGGAGGUGGACUCUCUGAAGGAGAAGGUGGACGAGCUCACCAUGGACCUGGAGAUCCUGAAGCACGAGAUCGAGGAGAAAGGUUCGGACGGUGCCGCCUCCAGUUAUCAUGUGAAGCAGCUGGAGGAGCAGAACGGGAGGCUGAAGGAGGCACUGGUCAGGAUGCGCGACCUGUCGGCGUCAGAGAAGCAGGAACACGUGAAGUUGCAGAAGCAGAUGGAGAAGAAGAAUGUGGAGCUGGACUCUCUGAGGAGCCAGAAGGAGAAGCUGCAGGAGGAGAUGACGGUGGCCGAGAAGACCAUCGACGAGCUGAAGGAGCAGGUGGAUGCAGCUCUGGGCGCCGAGGAGAUGGUGGAGACUCUGACGGAGAGGAACCUGGACCUGGAGGAGAAAGUCAGGGAGAUGAGGGAAACCGUCACCGACCUGGAGGCUAUAAACGAGAUGAACGACGAGCUGCAGGAGAACGCCAGAGAGACGGAGCUGGAGCUCAGAGAGAUGUUGGACCUGGGAGCAGCGAGAGUCCGAGAGUCGGAGAAACGAGUGGAAGCAGCUCAAGAGACCGUCGCCGACUAUCAGCAGACCAUCAAGAAGUACAGAGAGCUCACAGCUCACCUGCAGGAGGUGAACAGAGAACUGACCAGCCAGCAGGAAGCGUCGGCAGAGCUGCAGCAGCAGCCGCCAGCAGAGAUGUUUGAUUUCAAGAUUAAGUUUGCAGAGACGAAGGCCUACGCCAAGGCCGAGCUGAUCAGCAAACAGGCGCAGGAGAAGUUCGAGCUGAAUGAGAACUGUGUGGAGCGAGCCGGGCUGAAGGGAGCCGUCGGGGAGCAGCUGAGCUUCGCCGGCGGUCUAGUUUACUCGCUGAGUCUGCUGCAGGCGACGCUGCACAAAUACGAGCAAGCUCUGGCUCAGUGCAGCGUGGACGUCUACAAGAAGAUCGGCUCUCUGUACCCGGAGAUGAGCGUCCACGAGAGAUCUCUGGAUUUCCUCAUCGACCUGCUGCACAAAGACCAGCUGGACGAGACGGUGAACGUGGAGCCGCUCACCAAGGCCAUCAAGUACUAUCAGCACCUGUACAGCAUCCACCUGGUGGAUCAGAACGAGGACUGCACCAUGCAGCUGGCCGACCACAUCAGAUUUACCCAGAGUGCCUUGGACUGCAUGGCCGUGGAGGUCGGUCGCCUGCGAGCGUUCCUGCACGCCGGUCAGGAGAAGGCCGACCUCGCCGUGCUGCUGAAGGACCUGGAGACGUCCUGCAGCGACAUCAGGCAGUUCUGCAAGAAGAUCCGCCGCAGAAUGCCGGGAACCGAUGCACCGGGAAUCCCUGCGGCGCUCAACUUCGGACAGCAGGUGUGCGACACGCUGUCAGACUGCAGGAAGCACCUGACCUGGGUGGUGGCGGUGCUGCAGGAAGUGGCAGCAGCCGGCGCUCAGAUGAUGUCGCCUCUUGGAGAACAAGAAGGACUAUCGGCCGUCAAACUGGAGGACGUGGCGUUCAAGGCUGGAGAGCAGAUCUACGGCUCUCAGGGUGCCAACCCCUACGAAUGUCUGCGACAGUCCUGCAGCAUCGUCAUAGCAACCAUGAACAAGAUGGCGACGGCCAUGCAGGAGGGAGAGUACGACUCAGAGAAGCCUCAGAACAAGAAUCCUCCGCCGGUGGAUGUUCGAUCGGCGGCUCUGCGAGCAGAAAUCACGGAUGCAGAAGGUCUCGGCAUGAAGCUGGAGGACAGAGAGACGGUCAUCAAGGAGCUGAAGAAGUCGCUCAAGAUCAAGGGAGAGGAGCUGAGCGAGGCCAACGUCCGGCUCAGUCUGCUGGAGAAGAAGCUGGACAGUUCGUCCAAAGAUGCAGACGAACGUGUUGAGAAGAUCCAGACUCGCCUGGACGAAGCUCAGACUCUGCUGAAGAAGAAAGAGAAGGAGUUUGAGGAGACGAUGGACGCCCUGCAGGCCGACAUCGACCAGCUGGAGUCGGAGAAGGCUGAGCUGAAGCAGCGAAUCAACAGCCAGUCCAAGAUGACCAUCGACGGGCUGAGAGGAACCGGACCGUCUGGAAUCGCUUCCAUCGUCACGGGAAUGACGGCAGAGGAACAAAAAGCAAACAUGAUGUCAGGAGUGGGUUCAGGUUCGGGCGUCCAGGUGAUCGACUCCCCUCUGCUGACUCAGCAGAUCGAAGCUCAGAGACUUUGCAUCAAACACCUGAAGAACGAGAACAACCGGCUGAAGGCGGAGAAGAUGCGCGUUCAGCUCGCCUCGCUGCCUCCUCUACACGUGACCAAACUUCCCUCCAGAGACGGAGGACGACCUGAAGUGCUCUCCAGCGCCCUCUACCGCAAGACCGACCAGCUGCUGGAGACUCUGCUGCAGAUGAGCGCCAACGUCAAGGUGGUGGACAUCACCGGGAAGUCUCCAGUGACACCUGGUGCUCAGCUCCUGGAACAGACAGCCAGGCUUCAGUCUCUGAACGACACUCUGGACAGACUGAAGGACGAGGUAGCGGAGCACGUUGUCAACCAGCAGCCUGGAGCUCGAGUGACGUCCGAUUUCGCCACGUUUCCUUCAACCUCGUUUGUGAAGGCGAAGGAGGAGAAGCAGGGCGACACCGUUCUGGUGGGUCGGGUCAUGGUGCCGUGUGCUCGCGGUCAGGAGCAGGUCCAUCGCCUCGUCCUGUCGCAGUCCGAGCUGCAGCGAGUCCACAGUCUGCUGCGAACCUAAACUUCACCUGUCCUGAGAUUUCCUGCCUGCUGCACCGACACUAACACACCCCCAUCGUCAGCUUCGCCUCCACUCCAGGGCCAGACCAGUCCAGCUACGUCAGGAUCGCACCCUGCAGGAAGUUACCUCCAUCUUUGAAAUGACAGUUAAGUCACUCAACAGUCUUUGGAUUUGAAGCACUUUUCUUGUGCCCGUUUUGACUCUGCGUCAUUUCGCUAACACUGAAAUUAAGUCUGUAAAUUAACUGAAAGGGAAUUUAUUUUCAACUAUUUUGAUCGAGACUGCCAAUCAUUCUCUCUGCUUUUCGACUGACGGUCAGAUGAUGUUAUCAGACUAAUUAUAAAUGGAAACGUUGACCACAUGCUGCUGGUUAUUAAUUAUUAUUGUGAAGCAGCAGACUUACUUAGCGUACCACUGAAAACAGCAACUACUAAAACUGUAACUCUAAGGCAUUUAGUUUUGGUUACAGACGAGAUUUGUUUUGCCUGAAGUCCUGCAGACGGUAACUCAUAGCCUGGAUGAAGGAGUUCUCCUUGUAAUUUAAGUGUCUAAAUUUUUAGUUUUAUGGCCAGAACCAGUUACAGACACUUGCUGCUGCAUGCUGCCCAGACUCACCACAGUCCUUUCUCCUGACUCUGUUGAGUAUUUAUCGCCCGGCCCUGGUGUGGAGCUGCACAGUGUGGUUGUUUCGUAUCAGGCCAAAACGUUGUUGCUUCACGUUUCUCUGUCAAACUGUUAAAUGCUGAGCAGGAUGUGAAGAGUCACGACUCCGUGUUGUACAUUUUUAUCAGGUAUCACUGUGGUGUGCUCCAUUUUUAUAACUGUCUAAAGGGAAAGGAGGAGUAUUAGUAGUUUUAAAUGAGAAUGUCCAUUUUAAAGCAGUGGGCGUUUUACUGUGGUUUGAUCAGAGACUUUUUGCACAUUAUCCUCACUUGGAUUUAACUCGAUUGCUGCGGUGACAGUUUACAAACACUGCAGCAGUAAAGUUAGAUGCAAACAAACUGAGGGUUUAGUAUUUAUUUCAUUUAACCUUUGUGGGCUGCACAGAACAAGAAAAGCUGAUUAACUUAAUGGAUUUACUGUGUAAAACGUGGAUCUUUGCAGAUUUGUGUUUAUUGAAACAGCCUGACUGCACUUUAGUCAGAUGAAGCAUUAUGUUGUUUAAGUUAUUUAGUAUUUAUUACACUCAUGGUUGAAGUUGUUGCUGUAGGUUUAAACUCUGAGCCUUAAACCUGCUGAGAACCUCGUGGUAAAGAUCAGUCACCUGCCUUAUUUUUGAUUUGUUUAAAGCAAAACUACAUCUUUGCCAAAGAACCUUUGUUUCUCUUCACCACACUUGCCAUGGCUGGUUUUGAAGGCUUUUAGUUGAUUAAUCCAUGCUACCUGGUUUAUUUAGUAAUUACUUUAGUCUAUACGUUUACACAGCACUGUCAUAACUUGAAGUUUAAUUUAAUUUAAUUUAAUUUAAUUUAAUGGGCAUAGUGCAUCGACAUCACUGUAGUUUAAGAGGGAAAAUGCAGACAUUUCUUAUUUAUUUGUAAUGUUAUUUAUCUGUGCUCUCAGUGAACAGCUCAUGUACUGAAUAUGCAGCUUGUCUAACUCGUCUUACAUUUUCCUCGUGUGGCUUCCUGCUCUUGCACAACCAAUAACUGAUCAAUAAAGACUUUAAAGCCA